AUGACGACACUGAAAAAAAUGUUAUUGACCGGAUAUGAUAAAGACGUGGUUGCAGUUCUAAACCAAUCGCACGUGUUAAACGUCACCGUGAUAUUUUCCUUGUUAGCUAUACCGGAAGUAGAUACCGUAGGUUCUACAAUAAAGCUAUCAGCAUACUUGAAUCUAGCAUGGACUGAUGAGAAACUAACAUGGGAUCCAGCAGAUUAUGGUGGAAUUCAGGAACUAUCUUUACUAGUGGACACAGUAUGGACACCGCCUAUUAUUCUAGGUAAUGGGGUAACUACUAAAACUAUUGCAAACAGCUGGCAUAAGGUGUUGAUCAAUCAUACAGGGGUUUCGCGAGUCGCAUUAAGGGGAACAUUUAAUGGUUUGUGUGGAUUUACAAUGACGUUCUGGCCCUUUGAUAAACAAGCCUGCAACUUAUUUUUCGUUCCUUUAGGAAAUGAAAACAUAAGGUUUAUAUUUCCAUCCAAUCCUAUACAUGAUGACGACUUUAUACCUAUGGGAGAAUGGACAUAUGAACAAAUUACUGCAUCCUAUCAGAAUCGAUUUUAUACCGGGAAUGAUAUUAUUUAUACCGUCAAGAUUAGCCGACAUUCCGCCUUUUACUUACUAACAAUGAUAAUACCGCUAUAUUGUGUGACUUCUCUCGGACUGUUUGUGCUGCUUAUACCAUGUGACACUGGAGAGAGGGUGGGGUUUGGAAUUACCAUUAUGUUAUCAAUGGUUGUUUUCAUGAUGGUCAUCAAGGACGAAGUUCCUAAAACCUCUGAACCUCUACCUUACAUGUGCAUUUACAUUAAUAUUACAGUAUUUGCUGCCUUUAUAGUUAACAUAAUAAACUUCGUCAGUCUGAGCCUGUUCCACAGGAAUGAAGCGCAACCAGUCGGACAAAGGUACAAAUAUCUUGUAAAUUUGGUGUCAAUGUUCAGCGGAAAUAGAACUGUUCAUCCAGAAGUCAAGGCAAGAAAGAACAAAGAUGACAAUAUUACCUGUUUACCUAGCACACCUGAAAAGCAGUUAGAUAAUGUUUUACCAUCAAUGAGGAAAGAAAACCUGGAACCAGUUGAACACGAUUUUAUAUCGGAACCAACUGUAAAACAUGAUAAGAUUGUCACUUGGAAAGACGUCAGUAAUGCAAUUGACAGGAUAACAUUUGUCACUUUGACGCCUUUAGCGAUCUUGGCUACGAUUGCAGGUGUAGUGUAUUUGAAAGCAGCCUCGGUCUAUCCAGAUUGGGCCAACUGA